GCGGAGGAGAACACAAAGGCGUUGAAAAGCGACGGCCGGCUGGUACUCUGUGGUUACUCUUCCGGUGGCCAUGUGGCGGCCCUCUACGGGCUGGAGAACUGUGCAGCUGCAAAAAACGGUCCGGGCCGUUUUGAGGCGGUAGUCCUGGUCUCAGGAAUCUACGACCUUCGAACAAACUGGGCGGACGCGCGCCGCUUCCUGGCGCCGGUCAUGAACCUCAUCUUCAAGGACAUCCUCGGGGCCGACACGGAGGCGAAGCGAGCGGCGGCGUCACCGGCGGCUGUUGUGCAGUCCUCGCAGCAGAAAGCCUUGGACGGCGACUGCACCUGGUGGAUUCUCAACGCUCGGAAG